UAACUCGUUGAAAAGCAGCCCUUUUUUAAAGACGAAGAAUAAUACACUUACUCAAUUUGUUUGGGAGUUUGUAGCCCUAUCUCUUUGCUUUGAUUCGACACUUUCUCGAAGUGUUGUUGUUCCCGUGAGAAUUGCACUCAGUCACAAGUAACCCGAAAUCGUCCUAGGCUAAAAUUGUCUGCAGAAAAUGUCAUCAACCGCUCAGAAAGUAGAAAUAACCCCGUCGGGAAAAAAGAUAUAUCAUUCAGAGGUAGGGGCAAGCUGCCAACACGAGUCGUUUUCUAGAGCUAGAAAAGAGGAAGAUUAUUUUGUUAACCAGAUGCAAUGGAUGAAUGCUACUCAUGCCCCUAUUAUAGUACUUUCCAGGAAAUUUAACGCUUUUCUCAUUUCCACCGACGUUGAAAGCUACCUACGAGAAAUGACUGCAGUCUGAUCAAUACUCCGUUGGAUCCGAUUCAAAAAUGUUAGUUAGUACUCUAACUACGGACAGUAAAGUUCACUCCCAAAACUAUCUUUCAGCAUCAACAGACUGUUGUUGUUCUCUGAACAAUGUUGAAAACUUGUAGAUCCUUCAGUGUUCAACUCACAUCCUUCCGCUUAAAAACACGUGGUUUUCUGUAGUGCUGCGCUACCAGCUGAUGAGUUAGGACUCCACAUGCCGCUCCCGAGUCCUUUCGCCCCUUUCGCAUUUUAAGGUUUCUAUUUUAAUCAUGGAUUCUCACUAAGCUAAAACCGCACAAGAUGUCUUCACCUAUCAGAGAAGAGAUUCCAGCUCUGUUGAGGCCCCCAUCUUAUGCUGCAGGCCCAAUGGAUUGGUCUGCUGCGGGGGCGAAACCUCAAUACAUUGUCAUCAAUCCUAUGCACAUUAUUAACCUUCAAGAUCGAACAAGAACAUUUGGUGUGCGCGUUGUUGAAAAAAUCAAAGCGUUUUCGGAAAGGUGGUUUACUCAUGUGCUUCUACUAAUCUUUUUAAUGAUAUACGCAGCAAUUGGUGCCUUGCUUUUCCAGUGGGUGGAAGCACCUUUAGAAAUACGUGAAAAGCAAAGUAUAAUUCGUAUGAGAGAGCUUAUUGCUCAAAACUUAUUGCAGUAUCGUAAUCUCAGUGAUGCAGCUUGGUUAGAAAAGGCUUAUGAGAGGCUUUAUACAUAUGAACUUCAGUUGCAAGAACAUGAGCUCAGUAAAGCUCCAGAUGAUUCAGAAAAGCUAGUGUGGACUUUCUGGGGCUCACUGUUUUAUGCUGGGACAAUAUUUACUACCAUAGGUUAUGGACACAUUGCUCCGGCUACUGUAGCGGGACAGGCAAUAACAAUCGUCUAUGCUUUCAUUGGUAUUCCAUUUCUUCUUAUGGUCCUGGCUGAUCUAGGUAAACUUUUCACCCGAUGGAUCAAGGCAGUGUUUUUUUAUAUCAAACUGUUUUGCCGCACCGGGAAGUUCCGAAAAGCAAGAAAAAUAGGCAGGAGAGCAACAGCUGUUCCAAUUCAAUAUAUGUCUGUGGCUUGGAAUAAAAUGCCAUAUCCGUAUCAAGGACGAGCAAAGAAAAUUGAAGAGCCUCCUCCAGAAAAAGACAUUGAAUCUGACGGAGGUAAACUUUCGGACAAUGAAAGCAAAUCGAGUGAAAAGUCACCGAAGAAGGGCGAAAAGAAGAAAACGGAAGAAAAAGAAGUAGGUGAAAAAGAAGUGAAAGAUUUGGUUAUCCAACCAACCGAUGAAGACGUUGAUGACGAAUUCAAUUUGCCUGUUUCAUUAGCAAUUCUUCUUCUGCUUACUUACAUGAUGAUGGGAGCUUUUAUAUUCACUCUCUGGGAGCCUUGGACUUUUUUUGAAUCUUUUUAUUUCGUCUUCAUAUCCAUGAGUACCAUAGGUUUCGGAGAUUAUGUCCCUAAGCACCAGAUGUACAUGAUGGCAACCUUUAUAUAUUUACUUUUUGGUCUAGCUCUUACAUCUAUGUGCAUUAAUGUCGUUCAAGAAAAAUUAUCUGCUACCUUUGAAAUGGCAAAACUUCGUAUUGGAACGACAAUAGGACUUGACGCCAAUAUAUUGAUGGAAGAGGACAUUUUAAGUGAAAAAUCUGAUACCCCGGAUAGUCGGAGAAGGGGAAGUUCAGUUAAAUCUCGAAGAGGCUCAAAAUCGGCGCAGUCUUCCCCUCCAAAAAGUGAGGAGAGAGAUCUGGAUAAAAUAGACACUGUUGUCACUCACACAAAAGAAAACGGAGUAAAGGUUGAGACAGUUAACUGAUCCUCCGAUUCCAGAGGGAGAAACGAAAAUUCGUUGCUUUUUUUGGUUUUAAAAUAUUUUAUGUUAAUAGUAGAUAUAAAUCUGGUGUCGAAACGUUACGUCCAUAUUACGUUCCUCAAGAAGCUUCUUCACAUGAAAUAUGUCAGAUCUGCCGUAGCAUUAGAGAAAACACAAAGUACUUAUCUGCAACUAAGACAGAAGAUUUGCAACAUUAUUUAUAGUUGAUUUAUAACGCAUGUUAUUGUAACAGCUGUCUACUUUAAUGCAGCUAUGAAGAAAUCUGACAGAUAUUAAAUAUAAUAAAAAUAAGAUAGAGGAGGAAACAAUUUAGUCUAUGUUCACAGGACAAAUGUUUUUAGACUAGCAUCUUGAGCAAUCUUUUACCUUCAGAUUUGUUUGUUCAUUGUAAUGCAAAAAACAAUUAAAAUAGCAUUGAAGAGUUUUAUUUGUUAAGGCACUGAAAAGUUAUUGCUAGUACAGUUCUGACGAAGUAGAGACAUUAUGCCUUAUGACUGUGAUAAUCUAAUCGUGAUGCUAAUCAACUCAAACUUUGAUAUGCCAUCACAUUUGUCAAUAUUUACGUACCGCAUGUGGAUGAAAUGAGACUGUUGAAAUGUUUGUCUUUUUCGCUACAUUAUAUGUGUUCCAUGAAAACAGCGGAAUGUUUAAAUUUUGUACGAAAAGCUUUAUUUUUAAUUUGAUUCCUUUAUUUUGUACAUUUCUGCCGCUAUAAUGCCGUUUUUGCUGAAGUUGCAUGUUUUGUAUCAAAAGUCUGUUUAUGCCGGUCUUAGUUUUUAGACACAACUGUUUUUAUGACAAUUUACACAACUGCAAAUGCCAUAUUUUGGUCUUAUUCAGUGCCUAUAUAUCUUUUUAUAAAUGCACAACGUGGCAAGUAAUUUAUUUAAAUUUUUGCACUUACACUGUGAAAAAUACAUAUAUGCUAAAGUAUAGCCCAAAUGUUUCUACCUUUCUGUCCGAUUAAUAACUAUUGUUAAUGCAAGUAUUCAAACUUCGUCGAUCUUAUUAACUAAAGUAUGUCCUAGAAAUAUAAAAACAAUUAACAUGUGUUUUUUUUAUAACUUAAAAAAUGUUAUUAAAGUAAAUAUUUUUAAACAACACUGCAUUUUUAAAUCGAAGUUCAAUAAUUAUACUUAAGAAAUAAAAUUAUUUUUGAAAAGUUUCGUGUCAGUUAGCUUUACAGAAAUAUAUUUAAAUCAAAGGUAGUUAAAAUACAUUUUGUCAAAGUAUUGCAAACCUCUGUGUUAAAAAAAUGUAAAACAUCAAAAUAAAAAGUGCUAAUUAACGCAGAAAUGUUUUAUAAGAAAUUUUAAAGUGCCUAGUCUAGAUUUUACAUUAAAUCAAUAUAUCUGGAUUACAGAAUAAGUUUACUAAUAUUUGCUUCUGUUUGCUUAGAAUACUGGCUAUUAAUAAACCUUAAAAUUUAAGAGUUGUUAUAUAAAACUUAAGGCAAGUUAGACUGCAUUUAUAUCGAUAAAAUUAAGUUACGUUUUUAAAAUAUAAUUGACUGCAAUAAUGCUGCCAAGUGACGCCUGAUGACAAUUUUUAGACGAAAUAAUAUAAAUCUGUUGAAUUAAUUACACUUCAUCCAUCCUAUUUAUGUGUAUUUUGAUUUCUCGAUCUCGUUAUAACGAACAUCGCUGAAAGGCAUAACUCGGAGUCUUUAUUUUCAAAUGACUCUUAUUGAAAUACUUUAACUUUCAUUGUCAAAAAAAAAAGAAAAAAAAAAAAUAGUGACUGAAUGAUCAAUUCCCAGCCACCUUCGACAUGUAGAGUGACUGAAUGAUCAAUUCCCAGCCACCUUCGACAUGUAGAGUGACUGAAUGAUCAGGUAGUCAGGAUAAAAGCACGGAUACAAUCAGUUACAAAUGGAAAUCACUUGCCCAUGCUCCAACCUCUCCCAUAAGAGAUAUCGGAAAUGUCCAACACAAUCGCCACCAUUUUUGUAACCUCCAAGGAAGAGAGAACAUAUUCUCUUAUUCGUCAUCUUCUCAUAUCUAUAUUUGAGUUGGCUUCAGGUGAAAUUUCUCUUUCUCCUUUUUAAACGACUUGGUUAGGGAAAAAUAUUAUUUGAUUAUUUCGUGGAAAAACUUCCUUUUGCUAACAGAACACUAGCAGAAAAUGCAUUUUAUUAAAUAUUUAACUAUAUACUACAUUGACAAAAAGUGUAUAAUAUGUAAUUAUCACGGAUAGCUCAGUUGUGCUGUGAAUAUUCAUUAUCUUAAGAAAGGAAUUAUUUUAAAUAAGGAAGAAAAAUCCUUUUGCUUUCUUGUUAUUUAACUUAGAUACUCGAUUAAAUGAAUUACCAUUUUAUUAUGCUUCGAGAUAUUUUUCCUCUUCUUAAAGUACAUUUCAAUCACUUCUGUGACUAAAGAACAUUUAAAAAUUGCCCUUGCACAACUACAAAUCAUUUAUUAUAAGUAAAUUUUUGGCUAUGCCAAAUUGUCUGAAAGAUAUUCAUAGAUGAUCACCAACGCAGGAAUGACCUUAUUGAUUAAUGUUUUAGUUCACACUAAGCUUGUUCAAAAAUUGUAAUUUUCCUUACAUAAAAGCAAGUAAAAACAUGAAUUAUGCAUUUUACUAUUAGGAAAAAAUCACAGUUCAUAUAAAAGGCUCUUCAUAAAGGGAUCGUGAAGUUAUAUUGUUUCCUGCACACUAUAGAUUUUUUAGGAAAAAUUUGCAUCAAAUGCAACUAGAUAGCCUUUCUAUCAUCAUUCAGUUCCGCUAUCGCUGAUUCUAGUCAGUAGUAACUCUUUAUAAUUACAUUUUGAUAGAUAUUCUAUUAACCGUGGAGGCUUAAACUAUUACAUAUUCCAAAAGCCUGAUGAUUAAAGAACUUCCAUGCAGAGAUGAAUGUAUUACUCUAAAGAAGUUUUUGAUGUCUAACAUUAUAUUACACUUGAAAAAAUCAAAUUGAUGUAAAAACUAUUGGGAUGUUCUGAAGUGUCUUUCUAACUAAAUCACUUUGUUACAACAGAAGUAUUCAAAUUUCACUACUUUAAUUACAAAAAAAAAUGAAAACUUUAAAAAAAUCUUUUUUCUAGAACUAGAAACUUUAUAUAUCCUUACUAAACAGACUCUAAAGUUUUAAAUUACCUGCUAAAAUUCAGAAUUAAAUUGCUGUUAAGGGGACGUUGACUCUACUAUGCACUACUGUGAAUUAUUCACUAAGGGUUAUGAAUUUUUUAUGCAUAUGUUUAAAAUAUAAAUACGUCAGAUAUCUUUAAAAAAACUCGUUAAAACGUGAUAUAUAAUUUUUUUUAAAUACAAAAUGAUAUAUAAUUUAUAAAAAUUUCAAAAUAUUCCAGACGUCUUCAAUUUUAAUUUUUCUAUUGCUGUUUCCUUAUUUUCCUAUAUAAAUUUAUUCGGAACAAAACUGUAUGAUUUUGUAAUUCCAGUCAAAUGUUAAUUCUUAGAAAUUUUAUGCGCAUGCGCUGAUUUUUCAUAAGAAUUUUGUUUUUCUGAACUAAAAUUGACUUUUAACUACCUAAAAAGAGCUCAAAACAUAAAAUGCAUACCCUGCUGUCUUUUAAUAUUCAACCGCAAUGUUUAUCAUCAGUUUUUAUUUAAUUUCUUCAAAAAUUAAGACAUCUGGAAUAUUUUAAAGAUAUUUAAUUAGAAUAUCGUUUUGAGAAAUGUCAUUAAAAUGUACUUUUUUUUUUCUCUAAGCUCUUCGAAUAUUCAUUUUAUUAAACACAUUUUAUAAUACUAUUUUAGUAAUAUAAUUUGAAUAUAAAUUUAUAUUUUGGAGAUGAAACAAUUAAAAAAAUUCAUAUUUUUAUCCACUUUUUUUCUUAUAUCAAAGAAAUAAUUAUAUGCUUUUUUUUUGUAAGACUAGAUGAUGAAGUUAUACAGAAUUACUCAAAAAGAAGCAAAUUAAAAAAAUUAUAUCUAAUAAAUGACAAUAGACAGAGGCACAUACGAUACGAUCAGAUACAAAAAAAGUCCAAAAUUUUAUUCUUUGCAUUCAACAUGAUUUCCAUUGUUACUCAGAAACGUAGCAUCUGAAAUCCAAUUCUUUCUACACGUGGCGUGAAAUAAUUUAUUCCGUCUUAUUGAACUCACUGUUGCAACAACUUAAUUUUCUAAUCUUGAAAAGAAGCAGACAUAUGUUUCAAGCACACUAUACAGCUUUCAUUGAAAACAUCUACUUGUGAAUUUCCUAUUGUCACUCUUGAAAGCAUUUAGAAUACCCUCAACCUGUACUUUUCCCUUUGCAUAUGCAACCGUCUUCCACGAAUAUAUAGCACCAACUAUAAAUUUGUUUAUGACUAAGUAGCUCUUUCUUGAAUUCACAACGAAAUGCAAGCUGCAAUGUAACAACGGAUUCACUCUGUAUAAUGCAGUACACAAAGCGCCUUUUUCUGAGGCAUCGCCAUUUUACAAUGAUUGUUUCAUUGUAACAAGCAAACAGCAGCGCAUCUUUUACCGGUAUUAUCCAAAUGCAAAAAAUUAAACUUUGAACUUUCCAGUGAUGUAUCGCAUUUGUUUCUAACUACUACCGUUCAUGAGAAAUAAAUAUUUUAAACAUGCUCCUUCUUUUUCAAUAAUCAUGUAUAAUAAUACCUUAAUUGUUUCUUUUCAAUUCAAUCAUUUCUUUGAAAAAUAUUAAGACUAAUGCGUUCCUUAAAUACAUCGAUGUAAAGAAAAGUGGAGUAAAAAAAAAUAAUGAUGCAUUUGCAAAGAAUUUUUGGAAUGCAUAUUUUUUUUUUAUGAAUACAUGGCUGAAUUUUUUAAAACAUGAAUUAUACUAAAUUUCUCAUUUUUAAUAUUUGCCUUUCUUUAUCGAAAUUAAUAAAUAUUAACCUGAUUUUUGCACUGGAUGAUGGUGGAAAAGCUUUAUACUGAGCUUUAUAUAAACUAUCCAACAAAAUCUUGUCUGGCGCCAUUUUCUCUUUAAAAAACAUUUUUUAAUGUGGAAAAAUAAGUUGUGUAAUUAAAAAGAUAUUCAAUCAUAAAUUACACUCAACCAUAAAUGAAAUGGA